CCGCCGCCCAUGCUGCGGGAUGCGGAGCAGCAGGACUCGACAGAAGCGGGUCCGGAGCUCAGUACACCGGGACCAGGACCCGGAUCUGACACCGGACAAGCAGCAGCUCCCUUCUCGAUCCAGCAGUUCUAGAAAGGCCUUAUCCAUCAACAUGUAACACCGGCUUCUCCAUCCUGCUGCUGCCCGUCCACCCGCUCCUCCCUCAUCACUCUAUUCACCUCUGAUAAACACUCUAAGGGCCAAUCCAGGUCCACAUGGCCCGUGAGCACGUACACCACCUCCAUUCAGCUCUCAUCACUACACCUGCUGGUCUGAGGGGAGUGGACUGACAGAUCAGAUAUCAAACAGGUUUUCUCAAGCCACACACCUCAAUGUGUAAAGGGCUCUCCUCCCUGCCUUCCUCAUGUCUGGAGAAGGCAAAAGAGAUGCGGGUGAAGUUAAGCCACCUGGCUGACGCACACCACAAGCACAAGGUUCAUGAUGGAAAAGCUUUUCAGGACAUGGAAACUCUGCUCAGCACCAAAAGUGGUCUGCAGGUGUUUCGCGGGUUCCUGCGUUCAGAGUUCAGUGAGGAGAACCUCGAGUUCUGGCUGGCCUGUGAGGACUACAGGGUUUCUCCUUCAAAGACCAAGGCCAGCAGUAUCUACGGCCAGUUUAUCAACACCGACGCCCCGCAGGAGGUAAACCUGGACGCUGAGACCCGGGAGAGUCUGCUGGCCGUGAUGGACUCUCUGUGUGCCGACACAUUCGACAAGGCACAGCAGAGGAUCUACAACUUGAUGGCCAAAGACUCCUUCCCUCGUUUCCUGCGCUCUGCUCACUGCAUGGAGGCCAUAAAGGAAUUUUAAACAUACGCUGAUUGUUACCACCGACCUGCUUUAGAAAUAAGCGCUGAUGAAUCUGUACUGCGUGACAUGUUGAUUGUAUCUUACUUGUUAUUCUAACGACUAGCUUGUCUUGUGAUCAUUUUCUAUAUGCGGUCCUUAUACACUGCAUGCAUGCUGUUAUUGUAAUGACAAUCAGUUACAAACAUAGGUAGUUAGAAAGUCUCACACAGAAACCUCAAGCAUGAUGCUUAAAUGUAGAUGCAGCUACAUUGUGCCUCUGGACUGCACAAGCUAUAAGUGAUAUCAACAAAGGAUGUAAUAAAUACCUCAUAAAAGAGAAACCUGCAUGUGGUAUUUAAUCACAUCAGUAUUCAGUAUUCUACAUGUGUAAAUAUAUUUGUUCUAAUAGAAGCCUGUCAAACGUGUUCUGCCGCAGGCUGCUUGAGAGCAUUUGUUGACAUUAAAACUGUGUUCAGCCUUAUCACUGGCUAACUUGCUGUAGAGUCAAUCUGUAUCAAAGUUAGUGGCCUUGAC